AUGCUGAUGCCAGUCGAUAGCGAUGGCUCUCCCUCGGGCAGCAGCGUAGGGAGCCGGGGAGCAACUGUUCCCGUCUCUGGAUCCACAGGCGGACGGACGGGGGCAGUCGCGUACGGCUCUGGCACAACAAAAGCUGUUACUAUCCCCCAGGGACAGCCUUUCGCUGGACGUACCUCAGGAGGAGCCACCCGCGAUUCAAUCUAUGGGAACAGCUACUACGGUAGCGGUUACCCUGGUUUAUCAGGUCUUGGGGUAGCCAGCCGUGGCUUCCCCUUCGUUUACUGGCCUCUAAUCUGGGGCGGCGGGCUGGGGUAUGGCGCAGCGUACCUGCAUGAUAAUCACGAGUAUGGAGAACCCAAUAACUCGAGUCGACCAGGCGGUCCUAUGGCACAGGCCGCGUUUUUCUCAAAUUCGACGAACACGACUUUCCACAUUGUUUCUGACAACAGUACGGUGUUCUCGCUGAUUGGGUCUAUCACCAUGAAUUGCACAGUCGCAUCCAACUCGUCGACAAUCCCUUCGCCUUUCAAUGGUUCCGCGACUGACCCCCUACCCGAACAAGCGAUCCAGUACUAUCGCGCGAGUAGCGUCGCUCUAACGCUUGAUGGAUACAACAAUACAGCUGCGUUGGCAGGCAACGAGACGACUCCUCCCCCCCUCCCUUCUGGCAUCGACACCAACCUCCUAAACUGCCUGAAUGCUACGAUUGGAGAAGCUGUGCCGCUGUUCCAGGACUCCAGCUCUUCCGGUUCCACAGGCUCCGUCGGCGCCGCCGCACGCUUGUCGACGCCGACCAUGGGCUUAGUUGGACUCAUUUACGUUGUGUGGUGCCUGGGUUCGCUCUAUUGA